AUGUGGAACCUUUUCGUCUUCGGCCCUGAGGCGAAAGCCAAGCGCAUUUUCGGCGCAGACAAGGCCUCGAUUGGAUCAGAAGCGGCUCGCUACUGCUCCUUCCGUAUGCUGCCCAAGCCCGCGAUCAGCUUCCGGACGCUGCACUCCAAAGGCCUCUUUGGUCAGAUCGAGCUGGGCACGGAGGAGUUCAACACGCGCUUCAGAGACGCGGGCACUGGUAUUCUUCGUCGAGAGUGCCAGGACUGUGCUGAUAGCCAUAAGAAGAUCUACAUGAGGCGGAAAACGGGCCUGGAUACCUGGGAUGCUUACGGCGGGGUGGUGGCCGCCUGGUCCGGGGAAGGACUCCACACUGACUUCGACCUGUACUCCACGCUGCAGGAUGCUUUGGACGAUCGCAAUGCGUGGCCCCGCUGCGAUGGCCUCGAGAAGGAGGUCGGGUUUCCUGGCAACUGCGCACCGGGCGAGGCGCCCUCUGAGCCACAGUGGACAUCGUCGGCACCAGGAGAGGGGCGCCAGAACUACAAGUAUGCUGCAUACCAGGUCGGGGAGCGAAAUGUGAUGAACUUCGCUAUCCACGGAGAUGGCCUGUGCAGUGGCGUGCCAUUGCGAUCCGUUCUUGGUGUGGAGUCGGCCGAGGCCUGCCAGGAACUCUGUGCCGAAGAAGAGGAUUGCGUCUAUGUUAGCCAUGGCGACCCGACAACUUUGUCUUGUUUGCAGUUUGGUGGGGCCGCCUGCGCUUCGCUCCAGUUUCCGGCCUGCGAGGCGCUGAGCUGCGGCUUCCAGACCUUCGCCAAGCAGCGCGACGAUCGCGUCAACUGUGAGUUGGUGCUGAACGAUGAGAUUGACUCGGUCUUCUAUGGCGUCGACGUGACGGAUCUGCUUGCCGAAGCUGUCAGCGGGUCCGCUUCCAGACGACUGGGUGUCGUUGCGAAGCCAGGUGAGUACCUCAUCGUGACGGGUCACAGCCAGUCGGGAGACAUGAAGUUCCGAGGGGGCUUUUGGGCCGACUGCGGGGCAGCGUUGCCCCCUCGUCGCCUUGACGACCUUUGGGACUCCUUCUGCUCCGACACGCCGAUUGACGAAGUGCACCGACGAGGCGAAGGGUCCGGCUGGAGGCCUCCAAUGGUCAGGAGCACGGGACAGGCGGCGUAUCCCAAAACUUUGGGAGACGAUGGGAUGAAGUACUGUGCUUUCCGCGCAGUUCCUGCCCGGAUCUAUCCGAUUUGGACCAGCGCUUGGUGCAAGAGUUCAACGAUCUUCGACAACUGGCCCGGGCGAGCAAGCGAGUUUGAAACAGCUUUCGCCUGCAGCUCGGCCUGUUCUCUCGAUGAGAGGUGCAAAUUCUUCGGUUACGGCCAGGACUCGCGGGCCUCGUUCCCUCGCUGCGCCUUCUUCGAGACCUGCCGCGAUCGACGCCCCUAUCCGCAGGGUGACAUCCACGUCUACAAGGCGGAGGAGGUUCGCACUGAGCUGACUUGCAGCUUCAAGCCAAAUGCAGCGGGCAGCCAGGGCAUCUUCUAUGGGGCGUACAUUCCGCAUGCCGACAGCGUUCACAUCACUGUCAGGCCAGGAUCGUACCUCGUCUUCUUUGGUCCAAACCUCGGUCGUGGCUUUUGGGCUGACUGUGGAUCCCUGGCGCCACGGAGUACCAUGCAGGACGCUUGGGAAAGCUUCUGUGACACGAGCCUGGACACCGUGCACAAGAUGGGCUCAGGCACCGGAUGGCGGACCCCGCGCCUCUCAGAGGAGGACGAGCUCAUCGGCUACGACGGCCUGGAGCACUGUGCUUUCCGACUCAAUCCACAUGCCCUGCAAUUGGCGCCGAAGGUUGCCGCGCAGCCGCCCGAGCCGGGCUACAAGAAGGCUCUGGCCACUGGCAAGCGGUGGCUGCGGGGGCCGGCAGGGGAGGAAAGCGAUGCCCCGGGCGGAGAAGGCACAUACCUCUCUGGUGAGUACGAAGUGCAGAUGAACCGGUCGCUGGGAGACUGCCAAGCCCUGUGUAGCGAUCGCGAUUGGUGCUUGGGAUUCAACUAUAAGCACACAGACGACUACCAGACGCUGAGAGAUUGGAAGGCUGGGACGUGUCAGCUGGUGAGCAAGCUUCUCCCCACUGACUCAGAUGUGACGAAUGUGGACGCCUACCAGAAGAACGGAGGCGCGGCCCAGACGUCAGUCCUUGAGACGACCACAACGACGACGGCCGGACAGGUCUACAACUUCACGCUGGUCGGUCAGGGAAUUUGCGCGAGUAUGGACCGAAUCACUCAUCAGCCUGACGUUGCUUCUCGCGAUGCCUGUCAGGAGAUGUGCAACCGGGAGGACAGCUGCCGGGCGUAUUCCUACUGCGCCGAUUCCGAAAUCUCGGGCUGUUCCGGCUUCUGUGGCCUAUACAAAGGAGCUGUGCAGCAUGCAGACACCCAAAACACGAGCAGCUGCUGGGCGAAGACCAUCUGCAAGACCAUCCUUCUUGACACGCCGAACGCAACCAUCGAGGGCGAAUGGACGGCAAGUCGAAGCGUUCCUGGCUUUACGGGACGCAAUUACUUGCUGGAUAAGCGCGCCGGGGGGUCCGUGACCUGGAGCGUCCCCGCUGGAACGUUUUUGGUGUUGCUGAGUUACACGCCGUACCCAAAUCGGGCAUCAAACGUGCCGAUCGUCAUCACUCAGGGGGGCCAGGCAACCACCAUCCGCGUAAACCAAAAGCAAGGUCAUGAGAAGCUUCUGGGGAAGUACACCUUUGCCAAGGGUGACACCGUAAAGCUUGCCACCUAUGGCGUGGACGGCAAGGUGGUCGCUGAUGCCUUGAGACUGUCCUCAUGUGAGGAUGACCUGAUCUCGGAGCUCCGGGCCCCAUUGGAGGCGCCCGAAACGGAAUGGAAGCUGGUCUUCCGGCAGACGUAUCCGAGCUUCUUCAAGAAGGGGGAGUGGUCGCGUAAUGCCGACAAUCCCGGCAGCGAGAACUUUGCCAUGUUGGAUGACCUGGAGCUCUACAAGAUUGAUGGA